AUGUCUGAAAGUCAGGGAGACGAUAAGGUUGCUGACAAAGAGGUAAAAUCCGAUGAAGUAGUGCCGGUGGUUACGACAGGAGAGGAACAAAAAACUAGUAAUGAUACCACUGGGGAAGAUGGCAAGCAAGUCGCAGGCAGCGUUGAGAAAGCUACUGAGGGGUCUAGUAAGGAAUCAGAAGCGGAGAACGCUGUUGCGUCGCUGAAUGGGGAGAAAGAUGAAGCCAAAGUUGAAGCGACACAUAAGAGGCCUCGUGAGGAACGGACGGUAGAGGAGCCUAAAGAGGAGAAAGAACGUGGGAAUGAAGAGGAAGAAAGGGACGACAGCGAUGGAGAUGACGAUGAGGACGAGGAGGAGGAAGAGGAAGAAGGAGGACCAUCGAAGAAACGUCGGCAGGAGAGAAAUAGGUUUUUGGAUAUUGAAGCUGAAGUUAGCGACGAUGAAGACGAAGAGGAGGACGAAGAGGAGUCAGAACUUAUUCGAGAAGGUUUCAUUACAAGAGGCGAUGAUGAUGAGAGCGCUGAAGCUCAGAGAGAGGACAGGCUGCAUAGACAGCUGGAUCAGGAUCUGAAUAAAUCGUCGGAGGAAGACGCUCAAAGACUGGCCAAAGAACUGAGGGAAAGGUAUGGUAGAAGUAGUUCGAAGCAGUACCGUGCUGCUGCGCAGGAUGGUUACGUCCCACAGAGAUUUCUCUUGCCAAGUGUGGAUACGGCCACGAUCUGGGGUGUGCGUUGUAGGCCCGGCAAGGAGAAAGAGUUGGUUCGAAAGCUACUGAAAAAGAAGUUUAAUCUGGAUAGGGCCAUGGGGAGUAAGAAGUUGAAGAUUUUAUCUAUUUUCCAGAGAGACAACUACACCGGGAGACUUUAUAUCGAAGCACCGAAGCAAUCGGUGAUCGAAAAGUUUUGUAAUGGUGUUCCCGACAUUUACAUCGCUCAGAAAUUGUUGAUUCCGGUCCAAGAAUUGCCUUUGCUGCUGAAGCCAAGCAAAUCGGAUGACGUGGCUCUGGAAGAAGGCAGCUAUGUCCGGAUCAAAAGGGGCAUAUAUAAGGGUGAUUUGGCGGUGGUUGAUCAAAUUAGUGAGAAUAACCUGGAAGUGAUGCUGAAGAUUGUUCCACGUUUAGACUACGGUAAAUUUGAUGAUAUCGAUCCUGCUACAAAUCAACGUAAAGCUAGAAGGCCAACUUUUGCCCAUAGACCUCCACCACAGUUGUUUAAUCCGACUAUGGCGCUGCGGUUAGAUCAAGCUAACCUGUAUAAAAGAGACGAUCACCAUUUCACUUACAAAAAUGAUGACUAUGUUGAUGGUUAUCUAUACAAAUCGUUCAGAAUACAGCAUGUGGAAACCAAGAAUAUACAGCCAACAGUGGAAGAGCUAGCACGUUUUGGCUCCAAGGAGGGAGCAGUUGAUUUGACCUCGAUAUCGCAAACAAUCAAGAAGGCACAAGCCGCUCGUGUCACUUUCCAGCCUGGUGAUCGUGUUGAGGUCCUAAACGGUGAACAACGUGGCUCUAAAGGUAUCGUUGUGAAAACCGCGACGGACGUUGCCACCGUCAAGGUUCCUGAAUUUCCAAGCAAACCUCUAGAAUUUUUAAUGUCCAGUUUGAGGAAAGUUUUCGAACCUGGUGAUCACGUAACUGUCGUUAGCGGUGAACACCAGGGGGAUGCCGGUCUAGUGCUUACGGUCAAGCAGGGCCAGGUUACGUUUAUGUCGAAUCAAACGAGAGAAGAAGUGACCAUAACCGCCAACAAUCUAACAAAAUCUAUCGAUUCUACGCCAACGUCAAGCCAGUAUGCGCUUCACGACAUCGUCGAGUUGAGUGCUAAGAACGCUGCCUGUAUUAUUCAGGCCGGUCACGACAUCUUCAAGGUUAUCGAUGACUCCGGUAAAGUGUCGACCAUAACCAAAGGGUCUAUCUUGAGCAAGAUAAACACUGCUCGUGCCCGCGUAGCGGCAGUCGACGCCAAUGGAAAUGAAAUAAAGAUCGGCGAUACGGUCGUGGAGAAAGUCGGUGCUCGCAGAGAGGGUCAAGUGCUUUACAUUCAGUCUCAGCAAAUAUUCGUCAUGUCUAAGAAAAUUUUGGAAAAUGCUGGUGUUUUCCUCGUCAACCCGAUGAAUGUCGAAGCCAUUGCAUCCAAGGACAACCUACUGAACAACAAACUGGACCUGAAUAAGAUCAACCCGGAUGUUAUCUCAAAGAUGGGUCCGCCUUCGAAGUUAGGACUACAGCAGCCGCAACAGAACCAACUUCGACUGGGGCGCGACCUGGCUCUGGGCAAGACCGUUAGGAUUCGCUCAGCUGGCUACAAGGGCCAGCUGGGUAUUGUGAAGGACGUCAACGGGGAGAACGCUACCGUCGAGCUACACUCCAAGAACAAGCACAUCACCAUCGACAAGCACAGGCUCACCUACUAUAACCGCGAGGGCGGCGAAGGUGUCACGUACGAUGAGCUGGUCAACCGCCGUGGUAAACUACCGCAGGCAAGGAUCGGGCCGAGCUACGUUAGUGCUCCAAGACACAUGGCCACGGGAGGCAACGUCGGAGCACCACACGCGCCCGGCCAGCCUCUUGCUGGUGGCAUGACGCCCGGCUGGAGCUCCUUCGAUGGUGGCAAGACGCCCGCCGUCAACUCUCAAGCUGCCGCAGGCAGCGCCUCCAACUGGGGCAGCACAUCCACAUGGGGCGGAGCCUCCGCCUGGGGAGGCCAGCCGGCCGGCGGCGCCUCUGCCUGGGGUGGCCAGGGAACCGGCGCCACCUCCACCUGGGGCGGCAACAGUGCCUGGGGCAGCAAAUCGAGCUGGGGCGGAGCCUCCACCUGGGCCUCCAACGACGACUCCAACGGCGCGUCAUCUGCAUGGGGCGGCCGCGGCGACCGCUCCUCCUACGGCGGCACCUCCACCUGGGGUGGCAACAAGAACGCCGGCGGCGCUUCCUCCUGGGGCAACACCGCCCAGGCUCCCGGCUCCACCUGGGGCGGACACGACAGCGGCAGCCGCUCCACCUGGGGAGACCAGGGCAACCGGUCCGAAUACGGCGGCGGCAGCAGCUGGGGCCACCGAUGA